AUGGGUGGCUUUAGACGCAUCAUAGCGGCCGCAGUCGUCGCCCCCGUCGUCCGCGACUACGUCCACUCCCGCGCCUCGACGGACUCGGACGAUUCAGACGGAACCGUCAUCCCCUCUCGCUCCUCCCAGUUCAUCGCUCAACACCUCUUAAGCUCUCAAAGCCCGGACGAGAUGACGCGUAGGCCGCUCCUGCCCGUCUGGAGACUGAAACCGUGGCGAGGCAAGGGGCGACAAGAGACAGUUGGUUGGACCGUGUCCCGGAGGAGGUUGCGGUGGAUGGCGAUGGAUGCUUACAGCGCGGAAGAAGACGAGUGGGACUUGGCGGAACUGGGCUACUACAGCGGAUCGUACAAAAAGACACUUGCGCUCUAUUCCCUCGUCCCUUUGACUGCUGUCGUCGUGUUCACUUUGCCCCGCUCGCUCCCCUCUCCGUUCGCUGAGCUAUUGCUCUCUAUCUCCUUCUUCACGCUCUCGCAUACCCUCCGCGGGCCGCUCUACGCGCUCGCCUCCGCAAUCUGCCCGCGCCUCCUCGACACCGUCCUCUUCAACGCGCUGCACUCCCUUCUCGCGCUCUCCUCCGCCUCGCCUCAGCGCACCCCGCCGCCGACGUGGGACGACGGCGACGGUGUAUUCCGUGCGCUCUGGUGGCUCGCGCUGGGCUGGGCCGCCGCGGAAACCGCCGCGGCCGUCGCGCAGGGGUACGCGCAGCUCGGCGCGUACCGCAACGUGAUGGUCCCGCUCGAGCGCGUGCGCGCCAUCCUCGCGCAGUCGCGCACGCAGCCGCCGUGGGGCACGGGCACGGGCUCGGGCCUCGGCUCGAGCAGCGGCGAAGGGAGCAGGGAGGGGCCGGGAGCAGGAGGGCGUCGGGCCGGUGAGCGUGGAGAGGCGAUCCGGAUGGCGGUGGACCAGGACGUGGAGCAGCUCAUCAACCUGCAGGAGCGCGAGGAGCUCGAGGAGGUAUACGGGAUGCCUGUGAUUCGCGUAGAUUCGUUCCUGUUCUCGCUCGCCUCCACCCUCGUCCUCGCCUGGGCGUUCCUGCUCUCCCCGCUCGCGUACCCCGCGGACGCCGCGCCGCCCGCCGGCGCGUCCACGCACGCGCUCGCCAUCGGGGUGCACACGGCCGCGUACGUCGGGCUGCUUGUCGGCCUCGGCGGGUUCUUCGUGGGCCUCGGCCUCUGGGACGCGUUGACAUAG